AUGAGUUAUGACAUAAUCUCGUUCCGGUUCGAUCACGCGAAACUAAAGAAGCGGUCUUUGCAAAAGAUCUUCUUCUACAUAGAGAUUGAUGCGUGCUAUGUCGGAAACCAGCUGCUUACCCUGCGGAAAACCUUUGUACAGAUUGUUGCUGCGAGGUGUGUCUGGCUUGCAUCAAAACUGGAAGAGAACCCUAAGAAGGCGAGACAGAUCAUCAUUGUGUUCUACAGGAGGAUGGAGUGUCGCAGGGAGAACUUACCGUUAGGUCAUCUUGAUUUAUUCUCCAAGAAGUACUCUGAGUUGAAAGUCGAGUUGAGCAGAACUGAGAGACAUAUACUUAAAGAGAUGGGUUUUGUUUGUCAUGUUGAACAUCCUCACAAGUUCAUCUCAAACUACCUUGCCACGCUUGAAACACCUCCCGAACUAAGGCAAGAAGCUUGGAACUUGGCUAAUGAUAGUCUGCGUACAACCCUUUGUGUAAGAUUCAGGAGUGAAGUUGUGGCUUGUGGGGUCGUGUAUGCUGCUGCCCGCAGGUUUCAAGUACCUCUCCCAGAGAAUCCACCCUGGUGGAAAGCAUUUGAUGCAGAUAAAUCUGGUAUUGACGAAGUGUGUAGAGUUCUUGCUCAUCAAUACAGUCUUCCAAAGGCUCAGUACAUCUCAGUUUGCAAGGAUGGGAAGCCAUUUACAUUUUCCAGUAGAUCCGGGAAUCCUCAAGCUCAAUCAUCUACAAAGGAUGUUUUACGAGCAGUUGGCGAUGCUGUUGAUGCCAAGUGUUCAGCUAAUAACGAGUCUAAGGAUGCAAAGCCUCAUGAAAAGGCUAAAGAUUUGAAGAAGAAGAAAGAUGUUGAGUCAAACAGUCUACCAAUUAAUGGGGACUCGAGGGAGGAUAAAAGUAGAGUAGGAGAGAGUGAUAGGGAGAAGGAACAAGGUAGAGAGAGGGACAGGGCUAGGUCUUCUCACUGCAGAGACAGAGGCAGAGAUUCUGACAAGGACAGAUACAGACCAAAUGAUCGAAGUCACCAUCGGUCAAGAGACAGACUGAAGGAUUCAGGUGGGAUCAAGACAUCAUGACUCUUCUCGGGAUCGUGAAUCCUCUUACUCAUCCAAAGAACGUCGUAGGCAUCAUUAAGUCAAAUCUUGUUGUCAACCAAUCUUUCUCAUCCUUGGAGACAACCCUUUAAAGUCUAUUUGAUGUUUAGACGUGAUAGUCCUCCUGUAUUUGUAUUGUGUUUAAUUUCAACAUUCAACACCCCAUAGUUCACUCUUAUUAUGCUCAAUUUCGC